AUGCCCUCAGAGUCCGCAACAAUGGUCGACCGGCUUCCUCCAGAGCUUUUGGACAUCAUCACGAACAAGGUGCGGCAAAGCUGCCCAAAGGGUUUUCGAGCGCUGGAGCGAGCUAGCAGAGGUCUGCGCGAAUCCGCGCGACGGUGCAGCAAAACUCUGGUCGUGGCGCCUUCUGAUUGGGUGCGAGAGCAGUCAGAUGGUGACUCAGAAACAGCGGAUGACGAGCAGAUUGACGAGCAGGUUCAGUGGGUGCCCCCUGCCAUAACUUCGAAGCUUCCUGAAGGGCUGAUCCUUUUGAAAGAGUUCAGCCUGCGCCCAGGUUUAUCAAAGCUGGUAAUGACAGACACAAGCUUUGAACGAAUCAAAGAAGAAACGCGCUGCGAAGCAUUCUCGGUCUUGAAGAUUCUCACCGACUUUCCUUGGGAAGACGCCGAGAUUGACGGGUCCUUCUGUGAGAAGCGGGAAAGAAGACUUUGCAGGAUUUGGGAAGAAGAGUUCCCACAAACGAUAAUCGCUAAGUGCGCGACUAGCCUCAAGAGACUGACCAUCACGAGGUUUGAGUUUCGACAAGAGCACACCGUCGUCAGCUUCCUGCAAGGCCUUCCCAAGCUUGAGGCCCUGACCCUGGACGGCCUAUUCCUGGGGCGGUGUAAUGUACACUACGAUCCACGCGUGAAGCACGAGAAACUAGCAAGCUUGAACCUUGCGGAACUGCGGAGCCCCUUCCUUGGUAACCGAAGAGGCGAAGCAGCGGAGUCUGCAAUGGAUCUACCAGCAGAAACAGCUACCUGUAGGCUGUCCAGAAUUGCGGGAAUUGAGUUUCGAGAUAGCGGAAGAUGGGGGGAGGUGGGAGUAUGUGAAGAGACUUUGCAAGUCGGGGAGGAGGUAGGCGAUGGGCUGGAUGGCUUCGCGGAGUACUCUCCAAAGAGAAAGCUCUUUCUUCGUGGGGAAGGGGGACUUUUCUAG